AUGACCUUAUUAAUAUUCAUGAAGAUAAUUCCANCCAAUCAGAACACUCAUACCUCGGAGUUAAGAGAAUUAGAUCCGCCAAUCAGAGCUCGAGUGUUGAGGAUCAUUCCGAUCGUCAGCCAAUCACAUUCGUCCGUUUGCCUAAGGGUUGAAUUAUACGGAUGCGAUAUUGAAGGACCAGUAAUAAAGUACAAAAUACCUCAACCCACCCCGCCUUUCAUCGACCAAUCAGAGAGGAGCAGCAAAUCAGCUGACAGUAACACUUCCGGUUGCAUCGUUUCCGGUUGCAGUAGCACUUCCGGUUUUGGUUGCAACAACAGCAACAGCAAAAACAACGGGCAACUCUUGAUUGAUGGCCAAAUCGGACAGAGCGACUACUUCCGGCCGAAUCAGGGAUGG